UAAAACACCAUGCUGCUGCUAAACCUGCAACAAAAUCCCUUGCUCUUCACCUUCUUGUUGAGCUUCACAAUCUGGACGUGGUGGACUCUUGACGGCGUCGUUUCAGAGCCGCAGCUCAGUUAUGUGAAAUCAGGUUGCAGCAGCUAUAAUGUCAGUGACGUGGCCAUCUUCAACAAGAACCUAAACGCGACGAUGCGAAGCCUGAGAGCGCAGGUCAGCAACCAGAGCAAACACUCCGCGGUGGCGCAGGCCGUGAAGGGUAACAAUCCGGCGUACGGCGUUUUUCAGUGCAGAAACUACCUCUCUAUCAAAGACUGCCUCGCUUGCUUCGACUUCGCCGCCGUUCAUAUAUACGAGAACUGCUCCGUCUCCGCCACUGGUGCCCGGGUCAUAUACGAGGUUGCUUCCUCAGGUAUGAGAGCAGUAUUUUCUUCGACCAGUCCACAGACGGUGGGAACCACAUUAUGUGUGGGAAUCUUGUGGCUAAAAGCUCCACAGAACUUGCUUCAACUGUGCAACAAGUGCUAAAGAAUCUGGUGGAAGCAACACCAAGAAUACCUGGUUUCUUUGCAGCCGCUGUAACGCCAGUACCUAAAAGUAAUGGUUCAAAUAUUUAUGCCUUUGCUCAAUGUCUCGAGACCGUCACUCAAAGUGGCUGCCAAGAUUGCUUGGAGUCUGGCUUAAGAAAUUUUCAGAUUUGUAUUCCCAACUCAAAUGCUAAGAUUUUUUAUGCUGGUUGCUUCAUGAGAUACUCCACCUCUGCAUUUU